UUUGAGACAGACUCUCACUAUGUACCUCAGGAUGGCCUUGAACUCACUAUGUGGCCCAGGAUAGCCAUGAAGUUAUCCUCCUGUCUUAGUUUCCUAAGUGCUGGGAUUACAGCAAAUGGAACAAAUUAAGAAUUACCUGCUCAUUAGUGGACCUGGCUUUUCAUCAAUGUCUGUGGGGAUCAAACUUGGGUCCUUGCACUUGCAAGGCAGGCGGCGGAACCACUGAGCUAAAUCCCCAGCUCGCAAGAGCAUUCUUGUCAACCUGACUUGGAUUCUUGUUGAAGACAGACCAGAGUGAUCAAUGUCAGAAGUGGGAAGAUUCUCCAUAAAUUGCUUAACAGUUGUUCCAGCUACACUAGGCACGUCUCACUACGUUGCCCUGACUGGCCUCCAACUCCUGGGUUCAGACAAUCCUCCUCCUCCUCUGGCCGCUUGAAUGGUUGGGGUGAGAGACAAGGAACCUGAAACACAGAGGUAGUUAUGCAACUUGACCAGAUUAAGCCACGAGCAAGCUGCAGAAACCGUGACUAACACCUCUGUAGUGCUGAGCGUAAACUGCAGUGUUCCUCUAGGGUCUCAUCCAGGGUCUCACACUGCACUCCUGCGUGCGCCUAUGAAGAACAGGGUCUUGCCAUCUGACCCCGAUUGUUUCUGAUGGGGGACAGUUUCUUGGUUUCCGCCUUUCUCAUGCUGCUGAUGAUCUGGAGGGACCCUCGCCAGGUAUCCCAGGAUCUGAACAACAGUACAGAUUACAUAAGCCAUGCACUCACCUCAGAUACAUCACAGCAAUAUCCAUGGAGCCUUGGGAGCCUUGGGUGUAGAGGGGUGGAUGAUUUAGGAAGUGCCAUGGUACCAUGGGAGGACUUUACUUUAAACGCAAUAGAACAAAAGAAUGCAGAAAGGCAUGAGCAGUGGACAGAGGUGGGAGAAGCUCUUUAGAGCUGAUCCAAAUGAAAGUGGCUAGUGUGUGAGUCUGCUGAAUCCUGCAAAGCUGUGCCUGAGGCCUUGCAUGUUCCAUCAGGAUCUAAGCAAUAGGGACGCCAUUGUGAAGUCCAUCAGAUGAUUGGCAACUACAUGUGGGAUCCCAACACUAAUACGUCAUUUGAUAUUGGUGUCAACAGAGAUAGCCUGAUGCCUCUCUGGUGGAAUGGAUCAGAGCCUCUGUGGAUCACUCUGACCAAGGCCAAAAGGAAAGUCUACAUGUAUUAUUGGCCAGGCUGCGAGGUUGAGAUUCUUGGUGUCAGACCUACUUAUUGCCUAGAGUAUAAAAAUGUCCCAACAGAUAUCAAUUUUGCCAAUGCACUCAGCGAUGCUCUGGACUCACUCAAGAGUGGCCGGGCUGACCUUGCAGCCAUAUACCAUGAGCGGAUUGAUGUGGAAGGCCACCACUAUGGCCCUUCCUCACCCCAGAGAAAAGAUGCCCUCAGAGCCGUGGACACUGUCCUGAAGUACAUGACACAGUGGAUCCAGGAACGUGGCCUGCAGGAUGAGCUGAACGUCAUCAUUUUCUCAGAUCAUGGAAUGACUGACAUUUUCUGGAUGGACAAAGUGAUUGAGCUGAACAGAUACAUCAGCCUGAGUGACCUGCAGCAAGCAAAGGACCGAGGGCCUGUCGUGAGCCUGUGGCCAGUCCCUGGGAAACACACUGAGAUUUAUACCAAAUUGAGCAGAGUGGAACACAUGACUGUCUACAAGAAAGAAGCCAUACCAAGCAGGUUCUAUUACAAGAAAGGGAAAUUUGUCUCUCCUUUGACUUUAGUGGCGGAUGAGGGGUGGUUCAUAACAGAGAGUCGAGAGAUGCUUCCAUUUUGGAUGAAUACUACUGGCAAGAGAGAAGGCUGGCAGCGUGGAUGGCAUGGAUAUGACAAUGAGCUCAUGGAUAUGAGGGGCAUCUUCCUGGCCUUUGGACCUGAUUUCAAAUCCAACUUCAGAGCUGCUCCAAUUAGAUCUGUGGAUGUCUACAACGUCAUGUGCAAUGUGGCAGGCAUCAUCCCACUACCCAACAAUGGGUCCUGGUCCCGGGUGUUAUGCAUGCUGAGGAGCCAGGCCAGCUCGGCUCCUUCUGUCCACAGGCACAACUACGGACUGGCCUUGAUUCUCCUCUUACUGUUUGCAUAAAUGAUCACAUAUUUUGCUUGUUCCAAAACAUUGUCAGCAAAAUGUUCUUCCAAAGUGGAAUGAUUUUCAUUUUCUAUGUGAAUAAUAGCUUCAUUAACACAAUCAAGGCCAUAUAAUCUGUAUAUAUAUUAUCCUUGGAUGAUUCUAUACGUAAAAGUCCCUAAUUGUUUCUUUUUUAAAAGACCCAACUUUAUUCUUCCUGAAAACAGGAAAAGCUUAGUUUUUCAUUCAUCCAUCUAUCCAUAGUGCUCUCCUUUCUUUUCAUAUAAUUGUGCCAGAUGAGCUGUCUGAGCAGUGGCCUGCCGCCACAGGAACCAAACUUCACAGUGAUAGUCAAUGGUCAUCCUUCUCUGUCUGUUCUUAUCCAAAGUAGCCCCUCAAACCAUGCCUUUGCCUGCCCUCUCCACACCCAAGAGUCAUCUCUAGCUGUCUGUGGUCAUAAUCCUGUACUGUUCCUUUCUUUCUGGAAGAGACAUCUACAGGAAAGCAAUAGCUGCUGUCUACUUCUACCCCUGCUCAUGGAGUUUUUGCAUCUUAUACAAAGUCCCAGGGAUCACCAAACAACCAACUUAAAAAGUCAUAAGAUAGGAGAACUCAUAGAACAAGGUAGAAGACAUUGGUCUCGCUGGCCUUGAAAACAGAAAAGCUAAGAAUGGAUAUGGGCCUCUGUGAGACUUAUUAUACACAGCAUAUCAUGGUAUGAAGCCUACAAAUAAUAGGCCUUGAAUAUUAUUAAUAGAGUGAUAGUCAGAUUGCUCCCUGGCUGCCUAUAUGGAGGCUUCCUUAGACAUUGCCACUCUGGCUCCGGAUUUGGAGUGCAGACCACACUAAUACCUGGCAUGUCAACAUGGACAUCUUAGCAUUGAGGAUAUGGACAUAACACAGAAAUACUAGUUCUUUGCUUGGACAGAUAAUAUAUUAAACAUAAGUUUUAUGGAUCAGCAGCUCUGAAUUAGGGCUUACCUAAUGGCCCCAAAGGGAAUCCUUGCGUGACAUGGAAUUCUAUAAAAAAUGGUGGGAGAGGAGAGGAAGGGGAUGGAGAGAGCACGAUGGAAGCAAAUCCCAUUGACAGAGCCCAAUUCACUGUUGGGUCAGGAAACAAAUGUCAAAGUGUGGUCCGUGUGCCAAUAAGACCCCCGAGAAGAGGCACUGAGCCUCAGUUGAUACAGUUUUUGUUUAGUCACCUAAAUUUGCUAUCAGAGAUCUUGUAAAACAAGGUUUUAAGAUUAUUAGAGUCUUACCUAUGCAUAAAAAGUCCCUGACAUGUGAUGGUUUAACUUAUGGUUGGAUUUCACGAUGGUGCAAAGGCAGUGCCCAUCCAGUAGAAAUCAUCCUUUCAGUUUUGAACUUGCAUCUUUUCUCAAGCUAGAUAUAUACAGUUUGUCACUGUCUGUGUCCCAGAAAGCUACACAAUCACAGAGGGCCAACUAAUACAGUGUCCUGUAUGGCUAUGUGAUAAGGUUUAAUAGGUUUGGUGCAUUGAAUGCAUUUUCCAUUUAAUGAUAUUUUCAACUCAUGAGGGGUUUAUUGAGAAUGCAUCAUUAGUCAUGGAGCACCUGUACAUAAAUCUUAUUGUAUUCAAAAUGACCCUACCCAUUUCCAAAUUACACUUUGUCAGGAAAAGAGGACACGUGAGUCCCCUGAAGGAUUAGGAAGCCCUUACAUGGUGCUCAUCUUGAAAAGUGAAUAUCAACAUUCAUCCUAACUCAGAAAGGCUAGGAGCCAUCUCUGUGCCGUGAAUCAUGAGACCAAAGGAACCUUGCCUAAAAAAUAUUGAAUUUAUCUUCACAAAAGAUUUCUAAGGAUUUAUGUAAUAUGUUUUUAAAGUUCCAGUAAACAUCGAAUCAAUUGGAAAGGAGGAAAAUCAAGUCUUUGUUGUGUGGCUGAAAACAAAUUAGUACUUUCAGAAUAUUGGCACUAGUUCCCAGUAAUGAAUGUAACUGUACUGUCUACCUAGAAUGUACCAA